AUGUCUCCGGACUUGCAGAGGCAGAUCCACGACCUCGCCUUCAACGACACCGGCCUACCAAGAGCCAGUGUUGCUCCGACCGCCGAGCGUUUGGAGACUUGGUGCAAGCAGCAUUCAUGGAAGGUUUGCGCCCUGUGCGGAAGCGUGCAGCCGCAGCACCUCAAGGAAGCAGAUCUCCGUGACAAGGCCCCCACGGCCUUGGCCAAGUGCAAGAAUUGCAGCAAGCCGGAGGCCGCGCAAAUCUGGGUGCCCUCAGUCGAGGAGGUGCCAGGUCCGUUGCGGGGGCUGUCUCGCCCGAUGCUGCUUGCCCUGCGUCCCCUGGAUAUCGAUUGCGGGCCGGAGUGGAAAGCGGACUACGGCUACUAUUUCCACAGUGCCAUGAUCCGCCUCUCUUGGUCUGAAAUGGACGUCCUCGAGAAGAUCCACACAUUGGACAACAACGGACGGAAGAAAGCCAAGAAGGCAUUUAACUUCCUCAUGGCCAGCGACGACUCGAGUUAUCGUACUUUUGUCCUACGUCAUCGUCGGUUCCUGCGUGAACAUCCGUGGGCGGACGGGGAUAGACGGAAACGCCCUUUGCGCUUCAUCGAGGAGGAUGCCAUAGAGUGCUGUUUGUGGCCCCAUCUGUAUUGGGACCGGCGGCUCUGCGAGACCUCUGCGAGACUCGCAGACGUUCGCCGCCAAAGCCGAGCACAGGCGGCUUGCACAGGAACAAAUGAUGCAGGCGACCACGAAUUGGUGCAGUUUGUGUUCGAUCUCUUUGUGUGGUCCGAUGUAGGAGGCAAGAAAGGCGCCUUGCGUGGAGUGCCGAUGUGGCAGAUGGAGCAGCUUGGCCGCCAGCGUCUGGGUCUCGCGGGGCCAGAGGCCCUGCACUUGGCUCACCUUCUGACCGAGCUCUUUCGUGAAUGGGUCUGUGGCGGAGGUCGGAAGUUCGGCGAGGCCUCGUCCAACUGGAAAACGUCCUUCUUCGGCGGUCACCGGGGUGACGGCAGCAAGAUCCGCGUCAACUUCGUGGGCCGACUUGAAUUCCAGGACGGGACACGCCGCGAAGUGACACAGGACUACCACGGGCGCGCGGCAGUGCAUCUACACGGCUUGGUCUUCGCCGAAGAAGUGGGGCCCGCGCAGUUGCACACCAAGGUUGUCGCCGUUGUGCCGCCGGAGGGUGACCCGCUGCGUGGCUACGUUCUCGGUGGGCAAGCCGGCCGCACCGGCAGCGGG